AUGGAGUUUCCUGCGUUUCGGUCCGAGGAAUGGAUGAAGAGCGCCUUCGCGCCCGUUCCAGAGGCCUCUCUCGCGGCGGCCUCGGAGCGGCCCGCGUUAGGCCCCGGCGCAGCCCCGCAGGUGAGUCCCCGCGAGCAGGCGAAGGCUCCCCUGGCUCCCUCUGAGAGAGCAGCGGAGGCGCAGGCCGCGUCGGCCUCUGCGUUUCCGCCGCUGUUCCCUCCGGAGUUCUGCUUUCGCGGCUUCGACCCGAUGCCCGCCUACCUCGCGUCCUUCCCCACUGCGGGGCUCUAUCUGCAGCGCGUGAGGCAGGUGCGCUGGAGCAUCAAGCGCGCGCUCUUUCGGCAGAGUUUGUUCAAAAUUCAGAACGUCGAGGUGCUCGAGAUGAAGCGCUGCAAGCGCCCACGGCGCCUGCUCUCCAGCGAGAUUCUAUACGACGCAGAAGCCGCGCGACGGCAGGCCUCUCCCGCGUCAUCUCCCAAGUCUUCUGAGCCCUCCGCUGACGCCGUCUCUGGGGACACUGCCCUCGCGGCGCCCUCCCCCUCCUCAGGCGACCGGCUUCCGCUUGAGUCCUCCGCCGCCCCUGCGGACACCUCCGCCUCGAGUCUGCAGGCGUCGUCUUUCGCCGCGAGGCUGGCGCGGUGGCGGAGAGAAACCCGCGAGCGCCGGAACGACGAGGAAGUUCUGCGGGAAGAGCUGUGGAAGGUUGACCGCUGCGGGUCGAUUCGCGACUACCGCGUCGUCGUCUCCCGCGACCGCGAAACGAGGGACUUCUUCAGCGUCUCGGUGCACCCCGUCGCCUGGAGCGACAAAGUCCGCCAGAGGUACUUCAACUUCUUCGAUCAGACCGCAGCACAGGAGUGA